CCCCCAUCCCGCUAUUACACCAUUCCCUCUCUAUAUAAGCCUUCUCAAUCUCCUCCCUCCAUCGCCUCUUUUCAUUAUGUUGUGAAAAAAGCUUUUAAAAUAUCCAAGUCAUGACUACCUUUUCCUGUAGUACUUCGGUUCCCACCACAUCUCCCUUCACAGAACAAGAACAGCUCCUUGAAAGGCUGCAGCCUUUCAAGGUCCAAGGAAGAGAUAAAGGUGGAAGAAAGAUACUAAGGAUUGUUGGGAAGUUCUUUCCUGCUCGAGCUUUGAAUAGCGAAGUGUUGAAGAAGUAUUUGGAAGAGAAGAUAUUCCCGUUGUUAGGGCAAAGGCCUUUCUGUUUGGUGUACGUGCACACGCACGUGCAGAGGAGUGAGAACUUCCCUGGAAUCUCGACCCUGCGUUCGAUCUACGAGUCUCUACCGAUCGCCGUUAAAGAGAAUCUGGAGGCCGUUUAUUUCGUACACCCAGGCCUGCAGGCCAGGCUCUUCUUCGCGACCUUUGGGCGCUUCCUGUUUAGUGGGGGGUUGUAUGGGAAGCUGAGGUACAUAAAUAGGCUGGAGUUCCUGUGGGAUCACAUGAGGAAGGGUGAGAUUGAAAUUCCGGAGUUUGUGUACGACCAUGAUGAGGAGCUGGAGUACCGUCCGUUGAUGGACUACGGAUUGGAAAGUGACCACCACCGGGGCUAUGAUGCGCCGGCAAUGGAUUCGGCCGCGUCUAUGUACUCGCUGAGGUGUAUUUCAUAGGGACAUGGAGGAAAUUUGUUUUGUGCCUUUACUUUUGAGCGAGGGUAGGAUUGUCUUUUCCUUUUGAUGCUCUGGCUGGGUGUGAUAGAUGAUAAGCAGACACUUAGAAAUUACUUGGAAUUGCAUACGUAAUAUACAGGUGGGUUGAAUUAAA